AUGGCUUCUAAGAGGGUCCUGGACACCGUGCAGGACGCUGAGCGGGACACUGAGAUAGACAACGAGCUACUCCCGAGAAGCCAGAACGCAAAGGCGGACAACAGUCGGUGGAGCAUGCCCGGCACCACGAGCCCCUGGCUGUCACCGUGGAAGCCUCGGUCACCGCUUCUGCUGCGGCUGCUACUGCUAGCUAGCACUGUGCACACUGCAUUGGAACAGUGGUCAAGGUCGUCGGGGCCAGUGCUGCCUCAAGCUGGCAUCGUGGGACGCAGAAGGGCCUGGUGGGCAGGUAGGGCUGACCUGCGUCUCUCUCUGCAGCACGCAUACCUGCUGAAGCUCAAGGUCAUGUACACUGUAGGCUACAGCUCCUCCUUGGCCAUGCUCCUGGUCGCCCUCAGCGUCCUGUGCUCUUUCCGGAGGCUGCAUUGCACUCGCAACUACAUCCACAUGCACCUGUUUGUGUCCUUCAUCCUGCGCGCCCUGUCCAACUUCAUCAAGGAUGCUGUGCUCUUCCCCUCGGACGACGUCACCUACUGUGAUGCCCACAGGGCGGGCUGCAAGCUGGUCAUGCUCUUCUUCCAGUACUGCAUCAUGGCCAACUACGCGUGGCUGCUGGUGGAGGGCCUCUACCUUCACACGCUCCUUGCCAUCUCCUUCUUCUCAGAAAGGAAGUGCCUGCAGGCGUUUGUGCUCCUUGGAUGGGGUUCUCCAGCCAUUUUUGUUGCUUCAUGGGCUAUCACCAGGCACUUCCUAGAAGACACUGGAUGCUGGGACAUCAACGCCAACACUUCCAUCUGGUGGGUCAUUCGAGGGCCUGUGAUUCUGUCCAUCCUGAUCAAUUUCAUCUUUUUUAUUAACAUCCUAAGAAUCCUGAUGAGAAAGCUUAGAACCCAGGAAACAAGAGGAAAUGAAACAAGCCAUUAUAGGCGCCUGGCCAAGUCCACCCUCCUGCUGAUCCCCCUCUUCGGCAUCCACUACAUUGUCUUCGCCUUCUCCCCAGAGGACGCCAUGGAGGUCCAGCUGUUUUUUGAAUUAGCCCUGGGCUCCUUCCAGGGGCUGGUGGUUGCUGUCCUUUACUGCUUCCUCAAUGGUGAGGUGCAGCUGGAAAUUCAGAAAAAAUGGCGCCAGUGGCACCUCCAAGAGUUCCCGCUGCGCCCCGUGGCCCUCAGCAACUCUUUCAGCAACGCCACUAGUGGCCCCAGCCACAGCACCAAGGCUAGCACCUCAGAGCACAGCCGGAGCACACCCAGGGCCAGUGUCCUCUGAGGCUGCAGC